CCUUAUCAAUUGCCUAUAUAAUUUAUUUAAGCAAACAAAAAUUACUGCAACCACCCCCGAAAAUGCAAAGCCGCCAUUAAUCUACUCUCAAGCUCAAGCCCAAGCUCGACUGCAAUGUCCCAAGCAGUCCAUCUCAUCGCUAAGAACCUUCCAGGUUGUGGACCUUCAGAAGGCUGGUAUCUCCCUUGUUCAGGAAUUUCUGGGAAAGCAGUUGCUGUAUCCCAUUCUUUUUCUCAUGGUAGUCACAGAAUUCAUUCACACAUCAAGUUUGGGUCAAUAAAAUGUGCUGCUGGGGCAUCAUCUUUUGUAUGCAGAGCAAGUUCAGGUGGUCCUAGAAGAAACUCAGACUUCUCCAAGCAAAGCAAACAAGGUUUCUCCCGAAACAGGAACAGACCAAAUGAAGAGAGAGACAGCUUUGAGAAUCUUGAUGAAUCUGAUUUGUUAAGUUCAAAGAAUGGGCCAUUGCUUUCCUUUUCAAAUACCCCAAAGUUCCAAUCUACUGCAGCCCCAGGGCCAAGAGAGAAGGAGAUUGUUGAACUAUUCAGGAAGGUACAGGCUCGGCUGCGUGAAAGAGCUGCAGUCAAAGAAGAGAAGAAGGUUGAAACCUCCAAAGGAAAAGGUAAAGAGAGUGAAACUGUGGAUUCCCUUCUUAAGCUGCUGAGGAAACACUCAAUUGAGCAAGGGAAGAAGAAAGUCAGCAGUCAAGACUUUGCUGUGGACCAGCAGGAACAGAGGGGAUCGCAUAGUGAGGGUAAAAGCAAAGUUUUCCUUAAUCGUAAUAACAAAGAAAGGAGUGGAGUCCUCGAACCUAAUUCCUCUUCUUUUACCAGACCACCAUCAAAUUUUCGACGCAAGUCUCCAGUUCCUCGAGGGAAAUUCCAGCCCGUUUAUUCAAAUGAGGAUCCUGCUAAUUCUACACCUUAUUUAAAUUUAAAUGGUGAGGAAAAGAAGAAACUUGAGGAGAUUCCUGAUGCUGUCCAGCAGACAGAACUGGAGGCAGAGGAGGCUGAGUUGGAAUUGGAGCAGGAGCCAGAGUCCUCUUUCCCCAAUGGGGAUGUAUUCAAUGAGUUAUCUGAAGAGGAGUCUUCAAAUAUUAUUGAUGCGGAGGCGGACAGUGAUAUACAAGAGGAGAUUGAACAUGAGGAUUUGAGUUCAUUGAAGUUGCCAGAGUUGAGAGCAAUUGCAAAGUCUCGUGGUGUAAAAGGGUUUUCAAAGAUGAAGAAAAGCGAGUUAGUGGAGUUGCUAAGUGGUGGCGUAGUCUGAUUAAAGAUUAAGGAGAGAGAGCCAAGUCACUAGAACCGAGUUCAGAUAGUUUUUUUUUUCCCUCCAUCUUUUAAUACUCUUUUUGUUCUGUUGUUUCCCGUUCAUGAUUCCAUGUUAUAUUUUUUAACCCUUCAAAUUCUCUUAGAUGUUACACUUAGCUGGUGAGAAUUUUGUUGGAACUAAAAUGGGAACUGAAACCGAGAGUUCCUGCUUUCUUCUUUUUGCCAAAA